GCGGAUACGAACAAUCAAACUUUAAUCCAGGAAGUGUAUUUUUUUUUUCGUAAGCGACAGCGGAGUGAAAACAGUGAGUGAUACAAGCAUUGUGAUGGAACCAGAGCUAUCAGACCGUUAUGACCAUGCUCUCUUAGGAAUACUUCAACACGUGGGAAACAUCCAAGACUUUCUAAAUGUUUAUUUUGGCUUCUUGUACCGUAAGACAGACUUUUACCGGUUGCUUUUGAGUCCACAAGAACGCUUGGGGUUCCCUCCAGGUGUUGCUCAGAAUAUGAUACUGCAGACCUUCAAAACCUAUGAGCGGAUGGCACUACAGGAUCAUGAGCAGAGAAUGCAAAAGUUGCAGGCUAAACUGGAAAUGAAAGACCCGGAAGAAAAAAGAGCAGAGACAGAGCAGGAACUAGUUCAAGGAGAAGAAUUGGUCGUUGAGACACCUGAAGAAGAGGGUCAUGUGGCGCAGGAGAAGGCAGAAAGGGAAGCAACUGAUGUUGAAAAGAAAGAAGAUAGAGCAGAAGUUGAUGGAAAAAGCCCUGGAGCAGCAGCAUCAAUGGAAAUGGUCCAAGAGGAUUUCCAGAAGGACCCAGACAGUUACAAUGGUGCUGUGCGAAAAAACUAUAUGUGGUCUCAGGAUUACACAGACGUGGAAAUUAAAAUCCCAGUGAAUAAAGAUGUCAUUAAAGGAAGACAGGUAACUGUGGAUCUGCAAAGCACAUCGAUCCGUGUGGUCGUGAGAGAUGGAGAAGGGGAACGUGUUGUAAUGAAUGGAAAUUUCACUCACAAAAUAAACGCAGAAACCUCAUUUUGGAGCCUGGAACCUGGAAAGUGCAUUGUGAUCAGUCUGAGUAAAAUUGGGGAAUACUGGUGGAAUGCAAUCUUGGAAGGAGAGGAAACAAUUGACAUUGACAAGAUCAACAAGGAACGCAGCAUGGCAUGUGUUGAUGACGACGAGCAUGCUGUGUUGGACAGACUUACUUUCGAUUACCACCAGAAACUGCAAGGGAAACCUCAGAGUCAUGAAAUGAAAGUGCAUGAAAUGCUGAAGAAGGGUUGGGAAGCUGAUGGCUCGCCAUUCAAAGGCCAGGCGUUUGACCCCGGCAUGUUCAAUAUCUCUCCUGGAGCUGUGCAGUUCUAAAUUCCACCUGGGACAUCCACUGGAUCUUAUCAUUCGCCCUUGGGGGCCAAAGUUUACAGGGGAUAUAUUUAAGUGGCUAAUAAAAUGUUUUGUUACCACAACCAUACAUGCCUAUUUAAAAUCCAUUUACAGACACGUUGAUCUGUAAUUUGGUGUGGAUUGGAGCUUCCCUGAUGUCUCAUUAUUGACAAAUACCACUAUAUGUUUAACAGGAAAAUUUUACCAGAA